GCGAAAAAACUAAAAAACGAAAAGUGUGACGUGUCACAAGUUGAAAAGUGUUUUCUUUAGAAAGAAAUUGAAAGAUGUGCGGUUCCAAUGCAAAUACCAUAACCGGUACAAGAGCUCUGAUAUUAGUGGGUGGUUAUGGUACAAGAUUGCGGCCUUUAACAUUGAGUACACCAAAGCCAUUGGUGGAAUUUGCUAAUAAACCUAUAUUGUUGCAUCAGCUAGAGGCUUUAGUGAAUGCUGGUUGUAGUCAAGUAAUUUUAGCCGUUUCUUAUCGAGCCGAACAAAUGGAAAAAGAACUUAAAAUAGAAGCUGAAAAACUUGGUGUAGAACUUAUAUUCUCACAUGAGACUGAACCGCUUGGCACGGCCGGACCAUUAGCUUUGGCCAAGAAUAUACUUAAUGCUAGUUCUGAACCAUUUUUUGUAUUAAAUUCCGAUGUUAUUUGCGAUUUUCCUUUUAAACAAUUAGAACAAUAUCAUCGGGCGCAUGGUAAAGAAGGCACUAUCGUCGUAACUAAGGUGGAAGAACCAUCAAAAUACGGCGUAGUCCUUUAUGAUGAAACAGGCUGUAUAAAAAGUUUUAUAGAAAAACCACAAGAAUUUGUCAGUAAUAAAAUUAAUGCAGGCAUUUAUAUAUUCAAUCCUUCCAUAUUGGAACGUAUCGAGGUGAGGCCAACAUCUAUUGAAAAGGAAAUUUUCCCCGUUAUGGCUGAACAAAAUCAAUUAUUUGCCAUGGAACUGGCUGGUUUUUGGAUGGACAUUGGUCAACCAAAAGAUUUCCUAACAGGUAUGUGUCUUUAUUUGACUUCGUUACGUCAAAAACAAUCAUCUAAACUACAUUCGGGUCCUGGGAUUGUUGGUAAUGUUCUAGUUGAUCCAAGUGCUAAAAUUGGCAACGGUUGUCGCAUAGGACCUAAUGUCACAAUCGGUCCUGAUGUCGUUAUCGAAGACGGUGUGUGCAUUAAACGUUCAACAAUUUUGAAAGGAGCCAUUAUUAAAUCGCAUUCGUGGCUAGAUUCAUGCAUUGUUGGUUGGCGUUGUGUUGUAGGACGUUGGGUGCGCUUAGAAGGCAUCACCGUAUUGGGCGAGGAUGUCAUUGUUAAAGAUGAAAUCUAUAUUAACGGCGGCCAAGUAUUGCCUCACAAAAGCAUAGCUGCCAGCGUACCAGAACCACAAAUUAUUAUGUAAAUCAAAUUAUUCGUAGGGCUUAUGCAGCAAAGGUUCUAUUCAAUUUCCUUUAAAAUUGGAAAGGAAAAAAGAUAUGCCUGCUAGUAUUAUCCUUGCAAUGAAGCGUUGCAAUUACAAUUUUUACAUUUCUUAUCGUUGCGAUUUUGUUUUCCUUUUGAUAUCUGGAUUUUAUGGAAUAAACAUUUCCAUUAUUUUAUAAAAAUGUAUUAUUAUAAGAAAUCCUUUUUGGACAACUUUUAUUAGAUUUUAUUUGUUCUGGAUUAAGAAGAAAAUAAGUUUGUAAAUAUAAAUAAAGGGGCGUGAGGAAUCCUUUAGCCUUAAAAAACCAUUAAAAUUAUCUGUGUAAGCUUUCAUUAUAAAAUAUACGGGACUAACCUUAAAAAUGGCUUCAGUAAAAAAUUUGUUUUAUCUAUUUUUAUGUCCUACACUUUGGUCAUUUUCUGAAUUCAUUGUAAGCUUGCCUG